AUGAAGUGUGUUGCCAAGAGGAAGCAACAUAUGAUCAAUACUGUAGCUGGUACAUACACCGACGCAAUCAAGACUUUCACACAUGAGGAGCCUGCGUCGGCUCUUACAUUCUACCACCUGGUUCUACCAAACUGGUUCUACCACCUAGUUCUACCACCUAGUUCUGUUGGUUCUUGCACCUGGUUCUACCACCUAGUUCUAUCAAACUGGUUCUACCACCUAGUUCUACCACCUGGUUCUACCAAACUGGUUCUACCACCUAGUUCUACCACCUAG